AUGUGCUGGACAGUUCUGCACAUGCUGGUCCUGUUGACACUCUGCUGUCAGCCUUCUGUUGAGAAUGAUGUGGGGGUUGCAGCUUCCUGUCCGCAGGACCAGAGGGCAUUUCAAGGGUCCUGCUUUGAGCUUGUGGGUCAGCAGCUCCCUUUUCACAGAGCUGAAGAUUGGUGUGAGGAGAGGGGAGGACACCUCGCUUACAUCAAAGAUAAAGAAACUCAAAAUUUCCUCGAGAGACACCUGGACCCUCAAAAGGACAUGUGGCUUGGACUGGCACAGUCUGGAACCCCAAAACCGCAAUUUUCUGUGAAUGAGGAAGGUCCUCCUCUCUCUUGGUUGGACGGUUCACCUCUCACCUUCUCCAAGUGGCAGAGCAGCCCUCAGCCAGAUGCAGCUUGUGGAUUCAUGCUUAGACUCUCAGGCUUUCACUGGAAAGCCACAAAAGACUGCAACAAAAGCAUGCAUUUCAUCUGCCAGUUUGAACCUGGAAGAAGAAUCACAUGUUUGGGUCACCACACCACUCUGCAGUGCAGGUCUGGUCAAGUGUUAAUGAUAGACGGGGCUGUCUUCGGUCGCGACAACAUUCAUUACUGUCGACCCGGGUUCUACACACCAACAUUCACACAGGACAGGUGCAGCCGGGUGAAUGUGGCGGCCUCCAUUAAAGCUCAUUGUGAAGAACAUCAAAUCUGCAGAAUCAGUGAAGUCAUGGGCUCAUUUGAUGACCUUUGCCCUGAGCAGAAGAGCUACCUGACUGUGGACUAUCACUGCAAGGAUGUAAUCACAUUGUCAGUGCCGAUCGUGGCUGCUGUUUAUGAUGACAUCACCAUUAAAAUCAAAUGGCAUGUCCAAGCAUCGUGGGAAAACUGUAAGUUACAGACUGGAGACGGACACAUUUUUCAUCUGCAUGGUCUUUAUGGGUUGAGGAGCCGUGUCGAACAUAAAUACAGCCAUCCUGAUACAUUUGUUGUGGCGCUUGAAUGCACCGACAGUGAAAGAAACAUUACAGCCCAGGAGAUAAUUACCGUCGAAGAGCCUGUUGCAGAGAUUGGUGUCAUCAGAUGCUUUGCUGGAAACGUGUCUUUUUAUGAAAUCGACUGCAGAGCCCUGCAUGGAGGAGCGUUUCACAUUCAAAUACAAGUAAAAGCAGGAACAAAUGUCGCCUACAGAAUACAAAUCGAUGACAGACUGCUAGCCGGCUUACAUGCUAUACGAGGAAAUAUUCCCCACAACGUCACUUUGAGCCCAGAAGCGGUGAAACAGCUCAGCCCUGGCUGUCACAAGCUCACUCUCUACGCAUCCAACUUGGUGACUUUUCCAGAAGUUUCUUCAGACCUUCAGGUCUGUGUCUGGGAAGAGCUCGCCGGGCUUCGGGCCAGCCUGCUGAGAGAGACAGAUGAUUGUUCUGGCUCUGCAUGCAUUACUCUUGAAGUUUCACUUGACCGCGGAGAACCUGUUCUGCUCCUGAUCUCACUGACUGGAGAAAAUGGGACGUUUUCUGAAACUAGAGAAAUGAGUACAACAAGGGACAUUUUUCAGAUCAGUCACCCAAUUCAAGGAUCUGUCCAGGUGAAGAUUAAAGCGUGGAAUGCUUUUUCAUGUCUGGAGGUGGAAGUGCUUGGCUCCCAUGAUGAAAACUCAAUGAUGGAUCUGAACAGUCCUCAUGACUUGUUGAUCUUUCACAAGAAAAUGAGGAAAAGGAAUACGCAAGUUGCAGAUUACACAUUGAAAAUCAUUGCAACUCCUUCGAAUUCAGUGAAUCAGACAAAUGCAACAAUUACACUUUCUUCAAGGGAUCCUCGUUUGGCAAACACACAGACCACUGUUUGGUGGACAUGCAGUAAAAACUGUAAAUGUGAACCAGAAUCCAAAAAUUCAACACAAAUCAUUCCAGGAAAUUGUCUGCCAGAUCCUUUAAACUUCUAUAAAUACACAUUAAAGUUUGAGGUGAGACGUAAUGAUGUGAGAGAGAAAUCCAUUUGCAUCACCCUCAACCCAGCUUUAGACGAAUCGGAUCGAGUGAGCUUCACUUGCAUUGAUAAUUGUAGCCCAGCGUUGCAAUCCAAAGACACAAAAGUUAAAAUGAAGUGCAGUUCUUGUUUAAAUUAUACAUGGUUUGUUGAGGAGACAAAUGUCUACCAGGACUGGCCAAAAGAGACAAGGGACUGCUACAAUGAUGCAAAUCAAAUUCCUCUCGUUGAAAAACAGGACAGUGCAACAGAAUAUGUCAUCAAGCAAAAAUAUAUUAAGGAAGCAUCAAAAAGGCACAAGAAUAUCACUGUUGUGUUCAUUUAUUCAGUGGGUGAGGAACUAUUAUACAAAACCUAUAUCAUAUGGGUAGCAGCAUCUGCAUAUGUUCCUGAUCCAAACAGUGACCCAGAAACAACAGAGGCUAACAUGUCAACCUGGAGCCCUGCAGCAACACCAACUGCAACUUCUUCAGCUGCAACUCCUUCAGCUCCAACUCCUUCAGCUGCAACUCAUUCAGCUCCAACUUCUUCAGCAGCAACUCCUUCAGCUUCACCUGCUGCCACACCUACCACUAUGGCUGCUCUUACAUCUCCAAGUGCAUCAACUUCAAGACCAACCACUGAGGUUUCUGAAAGCCUCUCAUGCACUAUAUCACCAUCAACUGGAACUGUACUUGAUCCUUUCAGCAUAAUCUGCACCAGUGCCCAGCUUUGUUCAAAUUGUCAGUACUGUUUUCAGGCGGAGGAAAAGUAUCUGUUGUGCAGUAAAACUGGAGAAGUCAGGGUUCUGUACCUUCCUGUCGGAGACAGCAGCACUGAAAACAAAUUCCUCAUAACAGCGACUGCAAAAAACAGCAGCUAUGAAGUUAGCACCACUCUAACCGCACAGGUUUUGGAUGCUGCAGCUGACUUGUGCUCAGUGGACGGUCUGGACUCACUGGUACUGAAAGCUGUGGAUAAGCUGGAGAGUGAAGGUCUACUGUCAGCUGUUUCUAUUGGAGAACUUUUUAACUCGGUGGCUGAAAAGCUAAACAGCAAAAAUGAUGGAUCAGAAAAAGAAGCUCGACAAGAGCUCAGGCAGAAGAUGCUGGACUUGAUGAUUGGACUAGUGAACGAGUCUCCAACACAAACUCCAGAAGAAACUCAGGUGGUAGCCAGAGGACUUACUUCUCUCAUUCAGAAAGACGAUGAACUCAGCUUGUCUGCACAGAUUGAUGCCGCCACAUUGUUUGCCAACCUCAGCUUAUCUGUCCUGGAUAUGAAUGUGAGCACAGCUGAAGACAAAGACAAUGUUAUCAUCGCUGCAAGCAUCAUUGUGGAAGGAGUGGGCGUGAUUUUGGAGUAUUCUUCCAAUAAAAAUAUCUCUGACGCCUUGCUUGCUGCUCUGAGCAUCAUACAGAGCACUUUGUUGAAAACAAUGACGGUUAAUGAAGGUCCAAUUAUAAUACAACUACCUCAUAUCAGUUUGUUCGUCAAUCGAAUAAAACCUGAGAUUUUACACAAAGAGUCCAUCAGUGCUAAUUUAAGUUCUCAGCCCACGUUUUCGCUGCCACAACUCCCAUCUGACAUGUUUCUGUCAGAUGAACCAGUGGAUGUCCGGAUGCUGAGUUUAGAUAAAAACCCCUUUUCUUGGAACGAGAAAGGAAACAUUAGUGGACUGAUAGGUGGUCUGUCCUUCACAAGAGAAGAUGGAUCCGGUAUCCCUGUGGAGAACUUAAGUGAAGAUAUUGAGAUUCUGUUGCCAAGACCUGCUGGAGAGCAAGUGAACACCUCAGUUUUGGAUCUUGGGAACUACAGCACAACAGCCAUAGAUGUUCCCUCAGCCGACUCCACUCUGCUUUUAAAGAUGGUGCCUUCUGUGGAUCCUUUACCCUUCAAACUGUUCCUUGGUUACAUGGACUACCCUACUGACACAAAUUAUGUAGCGAUGACAGAGAUGCCUCUUCCGGGAUCUACUCAAGAAGAAAGAUACACAUGGCUUCUUAGUCCCACACAUUUAAAGGGAAAUGCUGGAUUGCAUUAUCUUGUGGUGAGGCCUAUUGUUGGUCCAGGUGUGAAAUCUAUCAAUGCCACAUUAUCUAUCACCCCCAUUACAUCCUCAUGCAAGUUUUGGAAUGAAACUCUAUUGGACUGGAAGGAUUCUGGAUGCAGAGUUGGUGUCAAGACCACACAUUUAGUCACCCAGUGCUUGUGCAACCACCUCACAUUUUUUGGCAGCUCUUUCUUUGUAACUCCAAAUCUCGUUGACCCUUCACGCACUGCUGAGCUGUUUGCGACCUUUGCUGAGAACCCAGUGGUUGUGUGCUUUGUCGGGGCUCUUUUUGUGACCUACCUCCUCGUGGUUGUGUGGGCACGAAGAAAAGACAUCAAGGACACAGUCAAGGUGAAGGGGACGGUGCUGGAGGACAACGACCCCAUGGAUAAUUACCGAUAUCUGUUGUGUGUUUGCACUGGACAUCGCAUAGGAGCCUCCACUUCUUCUCAGGUUGUAGUCACUCUUCUGGGUGCAGACGGAAACAGUAAGCCUCAUCACUUGAGUGAUCCAAAGAAACCCGUGUUUGAGCGUGGAGCCGUGGAUUUGUUCCUGCUGACUACACCGUCCUCUUUGGGAGAGCUGCAGGGCAUCAGACUGUGGCACAACAAUUCUGGAAACCAUCCUGCUUGGUUUGUGGGCAACGUCCUUGUGCAAGAUUUACAAACAGAGCAGAAAUGGUAUUUUUUAUGCAACUCCUGGCUCGCAAUAGACAUGGGUGAUUGCUGCCUCGAUAAACUCUUUCCUGUUUCGACAGAGAUGGAUCUGAAGAAAUUCAGUAACUUGUUCUUCAUGAAGACGGCAAAGGAUUUCAGUGACGGACACCUUUGGUUCUCUGUGAUCAGUCGACCGCCGAGCAGCAACUUUACUUGUGUGCAGAGGGUGUCCUGCUGUUUCUCCCUGCUGCUCUGCACCAUGCUGACCAGCAUCAUGUUUUAUGGGAUCCCAACAGACCCCUCAGAUCAGGUCAUGGAUUUGGGUCACUUUGAGUUCACCUGGCAGCAGUUCAUGGUUGGGGUUCAGAGUUCCCUCAUCAUGUUUCCAAUAAACAUCCUCAUAGUCAGCGUCUUCAGAAACACUCGCCCUCGGGAGUCGUCUUGUUGUCAAAGAAAAACAAAGACAGCAAGUCGCCGCCAGCAAAAAAGCAGCGUACAGACAACUUCUCUACAACCGGGAACUACCAUCAGCAGCACAGGGAGCUCCACUUUAGACACCAUAAUAAAAGAUAUUUCAAGAAUUCUUCAGUCUCUGUCUGAGACAACCAAAUGCAACAUCCCAUCCAUCAAGUCUGAGUUUGGUUCUGGAAAAGAAACUGACAUUAAUGCUGUCCUCGCCGAAGUGGAAGAAUUUCUCAAACAGAAUACCAAAUGCAGCAAUGACACCCAGACAAAAACACAGUGUCAACUAUCAGCCGAGGGGAUUGAGAAGAAGAGCAACAAAACCCAGCAUCUGUACAGACAAAUGUGCCAGCUUGAAAAGGAGCUGAGUCUGAUGGACCCGUCCAGCUUCCCCAGCCCAGUCAGCUUCGAUAAGGCCCAGAAGCAGAUCCAGGGGAUGAAGAGCUACCUUGAAGAUCAGCUCUUCACCUCCAGCCAUUUGGACCUAGAUGAGCCUAAACAUGAGAAGUUUGUUCCUGAGCAUGGCACUUCAAAUGAUGACGAUGUUCUGAAAAAAAAGCCACAGCGUCGGGGUUUUCUACCCUGGUGGUUUAUCUUUGUCGGCUGGUUGCUGGUGAUUGGAACCAGUUUUGUUUCUGGAUAUUUCACGAUGCUUUAUGGGCUGAAAUUUGGGAAGGAGCGCUCCAUCAGCUGGUUGGUAUCCAUGAUCGUCUCCUUCUUUCAGAGUCUUCUCUUUAUUCAGCCACUGAAGGUGGUAUGUCUUGCAGUUUUCUUUGCACUGGUAAUAAAGCGAGUCGAUGAAGAAGAUUUUCAAAAUGUGGCGUUUGAAAGAAGUGGAAGAAAGUCUGGUGAUCAAAAUAAAAAACAAACAAGCCAAUGGGAUUACCAUCUUUAUGAGCCACCUCCUCCUGCAGACAUCGAGAGAAUGAAAAGGAACAAGAUUAUGGAACAGAAGGCCUUUGCUUUGCUCAAUGAGAUCUUGAUUUACAUGGGGUUCAUGUGGAUGUUACUGCUGGUGGCCUAUGGUCAGAGAGAUCCCAAUGCUUUUUUGCUGAAACAGCACAUUAAAAAUAGCUUUUCUGACGACGUCCCAGACAGCAUGACUCUUCAGGAUGUUUUUACCUGGGCUAACACCACUCUACUCCAAAACCUUUUUGGAGAAUAUCCAGGAUUUAUCACAGAUGGAAACUCCAAGCUGGUGGGGAAUGCUCGUGUUCGCCAAUUAAGAGUUGAGCAGAACUCGUGUCAGAUUGCAAGUCUCAUGCUUGGAUUAGUGCCAGACUGUGAAGCCCCCUAUUCAUGGGAGGUAGAAGACACAGGUUCCUACGAAGCUGGCUGGAACCACUCUGUCAAGGAAAGUGCCUCCUCUCCAUGGACGUACCAGACUGAAGCUGAGCUCAGAAGUCUGCCAUUCUGGGGACGACUGGUGCUCUACAGAGGAGGAGGAUUUGUAGCUGAGCUCGGACCAGAUAUUCAAAAUGCCAGCAGCACACUUGAGUAUCUUUUCCAUAAUAAAUGGCUUGAUAAGUACACAAGGGCAAUCUUUGUCGAGUUCACGGUUUACAAUGCAAACGUGAACCUCUUCUGUAUCGUCACGCUCUUGAUGGAGACUUCAGCCGUAGGAGCAUUUCAGUUCUACAGUGAUCUGCAGGCUGUCCGUCUUUACCCAUCAACAGGGGGGCUUUACUUCUUCGUUAUGGCUUCUGAGAUCAUGUAUUUGCUUUUCAUUCUCUACUACAUGUUCAAGCAGGCCAAAUUAUUGAAGCAGCAUCGUUGGCUUUACUUCAAGAACAAGUGGAACCUUCUGGAGCUGAGCAUCAUCCUGCUGAGCUGGAGUGCCACUGCGGUUUUUAUCCAAAGGACUCUGCUUGGAAACCGUGAUAUGAAAUUCUACCAAACCCACAAAGACCAAUUUGCCAGUUUUCGUGAAACUGCUGCAGCCGACUUAGUUCUUCAGUAUUUGGUUGCUUUCUUGGUUCUUCUGUCCACUGUCAAACUGUGGCACCUUCUCAGACUGAACCCCAAGAUGAACCUGAUCACGGCUGCACUGCAUCGAGCCUGGAAUGACAUCUCGAGUUUUCUACUCAUCAUCGUGAUCACACUAGUGGCAUACUCAGUUGCAAGCAACGUAAUUUAUGGCUGGGAGAUUUCAUCUUACAAAACCUUUUUAGAUUCUCUUCUGACCAUCAUCAGUCUGCAGAUAGGCAUCUUUAACUAUGACCAGGUUUUGGACAGUCACCCAGUCCUCGGCGGAUUGCUGUUUGGCUCCUGUAUUGUCUUCAUGACGUUUGUGGUUCUAAAUCUCUUCAUUUCAGUGAUUCUUGUGUCUCUAAACUUGGAGCAAAUGCAUCACAAGCCCUCUGAAGAAGAAGAGAUUGUUGACCUCCUGCUGAACAAACUCUGCAACCUGUUUGGUAUCAGAUAUAAAAGUGAAAAAGACGCCGUGGAGCCCGACGGAGAGGGCAGCAGCAACUUGACCCUUAAUAACAACAGGGAUAUUCUUACUAACACCUCGGUUGAAGACAACAUUUAUCAAAAGUCUGACAACUAAAUGAACAGGAGAUGUAUGUCAAGAUUUUAUGUAGUAAUUUCCUCUUUCGUUUUUGCUUGUUACAUUAAAGAAUGAUUCAAAACUUUA